AGGAAGUUUGAAGUUCGAAGAGGUUUCGUUGGAAGAAGUGUCGAGAUAGAGAGGACAGUUUGAGAUUGAACAUCGUCUGCCAUCGUAACAUGGUAGAGAGCACCUAUGCGAGUGACUCGCCCAGAUCGCGUUCCCCGAUGACGGAACCGUCCAGUCCUCUGCAAGAUGGUCCCGGCAUAUCUGGCUACGGGCAUCGUUACUUGUACAACUACUCGCCGGAAAGUUUGCAGCAGAAGCUGAAGAGCAACGAUGAACAAAGCAGAAUCGGCGGGAGGCGGCACGACGUCGACUGCGAGAAGACUGUCUCCAGGAGUUCGUUGACCUCCGAGGAUCUGCGAUUCAGGCAGCGCGAGAUUUCCAGACCUAGCUCUUCGGCGACCAUGUCCUCACCCACGUCAGCUUUCACUAUCGAGAAUAUUCUGGCACCUAGACCUAUCGGGAACAUGACACCGGGGAAUACCGCGGGCCUGGGAUCCAUAAUACAGAAUCCAGAAGCUAUGGGAUCGAGAACGACGGCCGCCAUUCAUCCUCUUCAACAGCAGAUCCAUCACUUGGCCUUCACGUCUGAUCUGUUCGCCGCUGCAUAUCCAGGCUUGUAUUCCGGCGGUUACGUGGCAGCAAUGGCGGCCGCCGGCGUUUCGCUGCACGGACAGCCGGCUUUCUACCAUGCGGCUCAUCCUUAUCAAAUAAAUCCGAACGCUGCGGCGGUGGGCCCCAUGGCGAAGAGGAAACGCCGUCACAGAACGAUAUUCACCGAGGAACAAUUGGAACAACUUGAAGCUACAUUCGAUAAGACCCACUAUCCGGACGUGAUCCUUAGGGAGCAGCUCGCGCAGCAGGUCGAUCUCAAGGAGGAAAGGAUCGAGGUGUGGUUCAAGAACCGUCGCGCAAAAUGGCGUAAACAGAAGCGGGAGGAGCAGGAGAAUUUGCGGAAGCUUCAACUGGAGCAACGUCAGCGUCCCGACGACGGCCUGCCAGCGGCGGCCGUCAAAGUGGCGGAUCACUUGCUGUUAACCAGACAGCAACAACAGCAACAGCAACAGCAGCAACAACAGCAGCAACCGGAACAGGACACCGACAGCUCGGACCUGGAAGUGGCGUAG